CAGGUAAAGGAGUCCUUUGAGAUACUGAGAGAUAAAUGCUUAAACAAAAUUUUCAUGUGCUCUUGCAGAGAAAUGCUGAUUCAGUUGGCAAUGCAGUGAACCGAAGAACAGGAAACUAACCCACUUCCAGUUGAAAAAUAUGGCACAGUUAGUAAAUUCGUGUUGUUCCAUGAGGUUUUGGUAGGCAAGAGUGUUGAGACAUCUAGCAGUAAAGUCCACGAUGGGUACUUACUCCAACAGAAGCCAUAUCAUACCAGAAGCUAGCACAGGGACAUCUGUUCCACAUUUUGCUUGGUUUUAUUCUGGAAAUUUUUACUCUCCACCAAAAACCAGCUCAGUUCAUUCUCAGGGAACUCAGAUUGAUUCAGAACCAGGUCUACCUGUUGAUCCUAUUCGUUCUGUUGCUCCUACAACUGAGCCAGCAAAGAAAAAUAACUCGGGAACUAAACCUGCAAAGGCUAGAAAACAGAAGCCUUCUGUAAAGGGUUCUAACCAAAUCUCAUCCAAAAUUUCAAAGCCAAAACAACCCAAAAAGGCUUCUUCUAAAAAGAAUGGACAAAACAUGCCCGAAGCCAAACGUGAAAAAAGGAAUCUCAAUGUUGAUGUUGAUAGAAUGAACUUUGAUUUAUCUGGGGUGCCGUCUCCAUUUUGCUCAUGCACAGGCAUGCCUAGAGUUUGCUACAAAUGGGGUGCUGGUGGAUGGCAGUCCUCAUGUUGCACCAUUACUAUAUCAGAAUAUCCUCUCCCCAUGAGUUCCGCAAGGCCUGGGGCUCGCAUGGCUGGGAGGAAAAUGAGUAGUGGAGCAUAUGUGAAACUUCUGCUGAAACUGGCAGCUGAAGGUCAUGACCUUUCCCAUCCAGUUGAUUUGAAGGACCACUGGGCUAGACAUGGUACUAACAAGUUUGUUAUAAUCAAGUAGAGAUGUGGAAAACUGACAAUUAGAUAUACACCGACUACUGGUGUGUAUGAUUCCUAUCUUUUUUUCUGGUAAGGUGUAGUCUAUUGUCAUGCAGAUAUGUAUAGUUGUUAGGUACUGUGCUUAUUUUGGCAACUGUUUAGUGCUUUCUGAUGCAGUCUUUAGUUGAUUAGAAUCCUGUGUAGUACUUAUCACUUAUCAGAGGUUCGAAACAUGAAUUGGAAAUGCCAGUUUUUACUGGACUUCCUUAGUUUGUGUUCUGAAGUUCAUCAAGCUGGUUAACAGGAAAUGCUUUUUAAAUCUUCAAUAGAAAGGUCUACUAUCUUUCAUGCUUGCUUAA